AUGGAUAGGUUUAUUUUGUUUUUGCUCUAUUUUCCCGAAAACAAAAAACGAGCCCUUCAUGCACCUUCUUCCCUUCACUUGGAACUACCUAGUAAGAUUCAACCUCCUCUGUCUGCUGAAUGGAAAGUAUCGUUGGUUGUGGCUGCUACCUGUAUGGGUCAUUUAGCCAUCUCUUUCUUUAUCUCAGUCCUCUUGCUGAUGGUAGUGGGUGGACCUGAUCAUUGGCAAACUAAUUACUGGGCUGCUUUUCUAGGUAUCUUGAGUAUGAUUUUAGCCUCACUUCAAUAUUUGCCUCAGAUUUGGAAAACAUGGCAAACAAAGAAGGUUGGUGCCCUGAGUAUACCUAUGAUGAUGCUCCAAACACCAGGUACAGCAUUGUUUGUUUAUUCGUUGAUUGUACGUCCUGGUACAAACUGGACUGCUUGGCUGACGUAUCUUGUUACUGGUGUGUUGCAAGGUACAUUACUAACGAUGUGUAUCGUUUGGCAUUAUAGGAACAAGAAACUUGGUAUCGAUGAUUUACAUACAGAAGAACCCGAUGAAAAUACACGUCUUUUGGAAUAA